AAUUUCAAUUAAUACACAGUGUUAGAGCAUGUGCGGCAACGUUGUUCAUCUGAAAUGUGCUGCAGUGCGAACGACACUUAAGAGCGCAAUGAAUAUAAAAAUAAUGACAUUUCGAUGCAUACAUAUAUACGCAUACAUGCACAACUAGUGAGGAGGGCAGAACUCUGAAAAACUGGUAUAUAGUAAAAGACGACGCCAAAUGAAAAAGACAGAGCGUGCUAAUAAGCGAGAGAGUAAGCGAGCGCGAGAGCCAUAAAGAACAACAACAACAAAUACGCAAAAAAAUUUGUCAAAAUAUAAUAAAAAGUAAACGCGCAUAAACCAGCCCGUCUGCUACUCUCUCGUAAUGGCUCAACACAGUAAUACGCCGGAUCUGCUGCAACAUCAGCAGCAACAGCAGCAGCAACAUCACUACUAUCAACAGCAGCAGCAGCAAGCGCAACAACAAUUGCAGCAACACAGCAGCAGUUGGUACUCACAUGUUGCUUCCUACCCACCCCAACAUGCGCCUGCUGCUUUUGCGGCGCACUGUAAAACCAAUAACAACAACAAUGGCAGUAUUAUGAAUGCAUACGGCGCUGGCUAUUAUGGGAGUCCUGCAACGUCUGGCAUGGGGGUGGGAGUGGGUGGCUAUAACCUUGAGACCAAUACGGUUGCCUACGCACACAACCAACUUCUGCAGUACCAACAACAACAACAACAUCAGCAUCAUCAACAUCAGCAGCAGCAACAACAACAUCAUCUCAAUCAACGCUCGUAUAUGUCGCACAAUCUAAUGCAUAGCUCCUAUCCUUAUAUAAAAAGCGAACCCUUGGAACAACAACAACAACAACAACAGCAGCAGCAACAACAACAACAACAUUUCCAGAAUCCAAUGGCACCACCGCCAGCUCCAGUAAAUCGUCUUACACUCGAUGCUCAAAGCGACAUGAUAAUAAAAUCGGAACCCAUGGACGAACAUGCUUACAAGUCCAGCUAUAUAGACGAUAAUACGCCCUUUGCUGAUUUUAGCAAAUAUCCACAGUUUGCUGAUGAAAUGCUGAGUCCUAAGCUAGAGCUUAACGAUAAGGAGGACGCCUAUGGCAAUUCAAAGCACGCGCUCAACUAUCAGCGGCGCAAGCUGCAAGCGGAGCGCAACGCCAAUCCGCAGUUUCCAAUAUGUCAACGUUGCAAGGAGGUGUUUUUCAAGAAGCAAAUCUAUUUGCGGCAUGUGGCUGAAAGCAGCUGCAGCUUGCAGGAAUAUGAUUUUAAAUGCAACAUCUGCCCCAUGUCCUUUAUCAGCACUGAUGAGCUGCUAAAGCACAAGCAAUUGCAUCGCGGCGACAAAUUCUUUUGCCACAAAUACUGUGGCAAGCACUUUGAUAGCAUUGCCGAGUGCGAAACACAUGAGUAUAUGCAGCAUGAGCACAAUAACUUUGUGUGCAAUAUGUGCUCGGGAACAUUUGGCACGCGUGAACAGCUUUAUGCGCAUUUGCCACAGCACAAGUAUCAGCAGCGUUUCGAUUGUCCAAUUUGCCGUUUGUGGUAUCAAACGGCAAUAGAGCUGCAUGAGCAUCGUAUGGCGGCGCCUUACUUUUGUGGCAAGUAUUAUGCGCCGGCUCAGCAUCAGCAACAGCAGCUACAACACCAGCAUCAACAGCAGCAGCAACAGGCGAACUAUAAAUUACAGGAUUGCCAUAUGGGCACCAUUGAAAUGCCAAAUCAACAGCACAAGCAACAUGCAACUGGUGUCGGCUUGCCGGCCACGGCGGCACUUAAUACGCUCUUGCAACAACGUCAACCGAAUGUAACUACAGAUGGCUCUGCACUUUUCAAUCCUGCGCUCAAGAGCGAGGUCAAUGUCAAGCUGGAGCGCAGCUAUAGCAACUCGACAAGUGAAUCGAGCUACAGUCUGCAUGACAGCAGCGGCUAUAACAAUGCCUAUGGCAGCGAUGCUUCAAUGUCUGCUGGCAUUGGUGGACUGCAGGCGCAUUCCUCCACGCUGGACGACUCGGAGGAUGCGCUUUGCUGUGUGCCGCUGUGCGGUGUACGCAAGAGCACGAGUCCAACGCUACAGUUCUUUACGUUCCCGAAAGAUGAAAAGUAUUUGCAUCAAUGGCUGCACAAUCUCAAAAUGUUUCACAUACCGGCCUCGAGCUAUGCCAACUAUCGCAUUUGCAGCAUGCAUUUCCCCAAGCGCUGCAUCAAUCGUUACUCCCUAUGCUAUUGGGCAGUGCCUACAUUCAAUUUGGGACACGAUGAUGUAGCCAAUUUGUAUCAGAAUCGUGAGCUCACUAAUACAUUCACCACCGGCGAAGUGGCACGUUGCAGCAUGCCACAUUGCACUAGCCAGCGCGGCGAGAGUAAUCUCAAGUUCUAUAACUUUCCCAAGGAUAUCAAGAGUCUCAUCAAAUGGUGUCAGAACGCGCGUCUGCCCGUGCAGGCCAAGGAGCCGCGUCACUUUUGCAGUCGCCACUUUGAGGAGCGCUGCAUUGGCAAGUUUCGUCUCAAGCCCUGGGCUGUGCCCACGCUGCAUUUGGGAGCGCAAUAUGGCAAGAUACAUGAUAAUCCCAAGAAUCUCUAUGUGGAGGAGAAGCGCUGUUGUCUCAACUUUUGUCGACGCAGUCGCAGCUCCGACUUUAACAUGUCGCUCUAUCGCUUUCCCAGAGACGAAGUGCUGCUGCGACGUUGGUGCUAUAAUCUACGCCUAGAUCCCGAAGUGUAUCGCGGCAAGAAUCACAAAAUAUGCAGCGCACACUUUAUAAAGGAAGCGCUAGGACUGCGUAAACUAUCACCAGGCGCAGUGCCCACAAUGCAUUUGGGACACAAUGAUAGGUUCAAUGUCUACGAGAAUGAGCUCUGGCCGCCAUAUAACAAUACAGCGCAGCAGCAACAACACUUGCUGCAGCAGCAACAGCAACAUCAACAGCAACAGCAGCAAAAUUAUCACAAAUAUCAGCGACACUCGGCUACGUCGACCAGCUCCUCGACCAGCAAUCAUUCGCAUUAUAUGGACGCCGAGCUGAACGCCGCUGCCUACAUGGGCAUGGGCUCUGUCGCCGGCUCCAGCUCUAGCCUAAAUGUCAGCGACAGCAUGGACGUCUGUUGUGUGCCCAGCUGCGAGAGCAAGCGCCACAACAGUGAGCAUAUCACAUUCCAUACCAUACCCAGGCGACCAGAGCAAAUGCGCAAAUGGUGUCAAAAUCUCAAAAUACCAGAGGAUAAAAUGCACAAAGGGAUGCGCAUUUGCAGUCUGCACUUCGAGCCUUACUGCAUUGGCGGUUGCAUGCGUCCGUUUGCAGUGCCCACACUUAAUCUGGGACACAGUGAUGAGAACAUACAUCGCAAUCCGGAUGUGAUUAAGAAGCUGAACAUAAGAGAGACUUGCUGCGUCGCUGUUUGCAAACGCAAUCGGGAUCGUGAUCAUGCCAAUUUGCAUCGUUUUCCCAGCAAUUUGCCGCUGCUGACCAAGUGGUGCGCCAACUUGCAGCGCGCUGUGCCCGAUGGCAUCAAAUUGUUCAAUGACGCCAUUUGCGAGGUGCACUUUGAGGAUCGCUGCUUGCGUAAUAAGCGCUUGGAGAAAUGGGCUGUGCCCACGCUGCUGCUGGGACAUGAUGAUGUUGCCUAUCCAUUGCCUACGCCGGAGCAGGUCACCGAGUUCUAUGCGAGACCCAGUGCACCCAACACAGGCGACGAGCAGGGCGAGUGCUGUGUGGAGACCUGCAAGCGUAAUCCCAGCGUUGAUGAUAUUAAACUCUAUCGCCCGCCCGAGGACUCCUCAGUGCUGGCCAAGUGGGCGCAUAAUCUGCAGAUGGACAUUGCGUUGUUGCCCACGCAGCGCAUUUGCAAUUUGCACUUUGAGGCUCACUGCAUAGGCAAACGCAUGCGUCCCUGGGCGCUACCUACGCUUAAUCUGGCCAGCAAUAUAGAGAAUCUCUAUGAGAAUCCGGACAGGCAGAUGCUCUACAAGCGACGCACGCAUUUCAAAUCCGAAAAUGCUGCUGCUGCUGGUGCUGGUGGUGGCAGCAGCUUGACUAAGCCCACUUGGGUGCCACGCUGCUGCUUGCCACAUUGCCGCAAGGUGCGUGCGUUGCAUAACGUGCAACUCUAUCGCUUUCCCAAACUCAAUCGUUCCACAUUGGCCAAGUGGGCGCACAACUUGCAGGUGCCAAUGGUGGGCAGCGCGCAACGUCGCGUCUGCUCGGCUCACUUUGAGCCGCAUGUGCUUAGCAAGAAGUGUCCAGUGGCGCUGGCGGUGCCUACGCAGGAUCUAAACGAGCCGCCAGGCUACAAACUCUAUCAGAAUCCUGCCAAGCUCAAGGCCAACAAGCUCUGUCUGCAGCGCGUCUGCAUUGUGGAGAGCUGUCGCCGCCAGCGCUCCCAAGGCGUGCAGCUGUUCCGACUGCCACAUGCGUCGACUCAACUGCGUAAGUGGCUGCACAAUCUGCGCAUGCGUCCGCGUGGCGCCAUGCGGCAUCAAUUUCGCAUUUGCUCCAUGCACUUUGAGACGCAUUCGUUUAAUGGCAAGCGCUUGAGUUUGGGCGCCAUACCCACCUUGGAGCUGGGUCAUCAGGCUGCGGAUAUUUAUCCGAAUGAGGCGCAAUCUUUUCUCAACGAAGUUUGCGCUGUGGAGGCUUGUGGCGCCUCCAAGCUGCACUCGGCUGACGUGCGACUGUUUCGCUUUCCCACUGACGAUGAGGAUUUGCUUUGGAAAUGGUGUCAGAAUCUCAAAAUGAAUCCUGUUGACUGCGUGGGCGUGCGCAUUUGCCACAAACACUUCGAGGCCUUCUGCGUUGGACCCAAGCAUCUCUUUAAAUGGGCCAUUCCCACCCUGCGGCUGGGCCAUGAUAUUAGUCCGCAGGAUCUUAUAACCAAUCCAAGGCCUGAGGACCGCUACGUCGAUCCCAUUUUUAAAUGCUGCGUGCCCAGCUGCGGCAAAACGCGUAGAUACGAUGAAGUGCAAAUGAAUAGCUUUCCCAAAGAUCAGCAGCUCUUUGAGCGCUGGCGUCAUAACCUCAACCUGGAGCAUCUCAACUUUCGCGAGCGUGAGAAAUAUAAAAUCUGCAAUGACCAUUUCGAGGAUAUUUGCAUUGGCAAGACGCGACUUAAUAUUGGGUCCUUGCCUACAAUUAACCUCGGCCAUGAGCAGUUGGAUAAUCUCUUCCAGCUGAAUCCUGUCGAGUUGCAAAGUAAUUUCUUUGGACGUCAGCGUCGUUUGCUGAGCGACAUCAAGCAGGAGGAGCAGUCCGAGCAGGAGGAUGAGCAACUAAGAAGCAGCCAGCAGUUGAGGCGUCCGCAAUUGGAUCUUAAAUGCUGUGUGCCUGGCUGUGGUCGCAGUCGCCUGGAGCAUGAUGCACGCCUCUUCCCCUUUCCCACGGGCAAGCAACAGCAGAGCAAGUGGCGCCAUAAUCUGCGCUUGGACGCGUCUGAUGUGAAUCGAAGCUCGCGCGUGUGCAGCGCGCAUUUUAAUCGCCGCUGCAUCGAUGGCAAACAGCUGCGAAGCUGGUCCAUGCCCACCCAGCAGUUGGGACACGAUGAGCAGCCUAUUUUUGAGAAUCCAAAGAAUAUACCGGGAUUCUUUACGCCCACCUGUGCCCUGGCGCAUUGUCGCAAGCGGCGCAGCAUUGACAAUGAUUUGCGCACUUAUCGCUAUCCACGCAGCGAGGAUUUGCUAGAGAAAUGGCGCGUGAAUCUGCGCCUGGACCCAGAUCAGUGUCGUGGACGUAUCUGUGCCGACCACUUUGAGCCGCAGGUACGUGGCAAGCUAAAGCUGAGGACGGGUGCAGUGCCGACGUUGAAGCUGGGACACAAUGAGGAUGUGGUGUUUAAUAAUGAAGCUAUCAAGGCAGAGUGUGAGGCGGGCAUAGAAGUGAAGUUAGAAGCGCCGGACAAUGAUGAGGAGGAUGAAGAAGAGUCCACAAGUGCAUCCGCUAGAGAGCUUAAAGCCUCUGACGAGGAUGAGGAUAUGGACUAUUUUGAUCCCUUGGCGUUGGUGGAAACGUUUGCCGAGCACCAUAGCGAUGAGCAGGAAGUGGAGACUGCAGUGCCUGCUGCAGUCCGACCACGCCCACGACGCUCUAAAGCUGUCAAUAAUGUUACGCCCAUUUGUUGCUUACAACAUUGUCGCAAAGAGCGCACCGCUACCCAUCAGCUCAGCACCUUCGGCUUUCCCAAAGAUCCACAGCAAUUGCGCAAAUGGAGCGCCAAUUUGCAAAUAGAUAUUGAUGACUGUGUGGGACGCGUUUGUGUAGACCACUUUGAGCCGGAGGUGCUGGGCACUCGCAAACUCAAACAGCAUGCAGUGCCUACCUUAAAGUUGGGACAUGGUCAAGCCCUGGCCUAUAGCUGUACAGGAUUAACCUUGAGCCUACCCGAUGAGCAGUCGGUUUUUCGGCUUUGGAGCCUGAAACACUGUCGCAAAAGGAAACCGGAAGAACUGGAUCAGGACGCCGCAGCAGUUGCAGCAGCAGCACAAGCAGCUCCAGCAGCAGCUCGAGUAGCAGCAGCUGCAGCAGUAGCAGCACGAGCAGCAAUGGAAGUGAAAAAGGAGCAGACGACGCCGCUGGCAGUGACAGAGAUUAAGCAGGAAUUUAUUGAACCGCAGACAAAUGGCGAUUUAAGCAAUUCAGACUGGAAUUGGCAGCCCAUACAACCACCACAUCCAUUACACAUACGCACUGAACUUGCCGCAAGUCCCAGCCUCAGCAGUACGCCUAGUCCACGUGGCAAGCAACGCUUUUGUUGCAUACCCAGCUGCUUGCAGCAAACGCAACUCUUUCGCUUUCCCACCGCAGAGACUCAGUUGCUCAAAUGGUUUGUAAACACGCGCCAGCAGCCACGUCUUGUGGACCCCAGAAAGCUUUACAUUUGUCGCGAGCACUUUGAGCCCGAAGCUAUCAACAAGAAGCAGCUAACUAGUUGGGCAUUGCCCACACUGAAGCUGGGCCAUGAUGAGCAUGUUAUACCCAAUGCCAAGCACUUGGGUAAUAUGGCUGAUAGUCAGGCGGACAAGCAGGCGCUGCAGUAUAUCUAUGAGAACUAUUGUUCAGUGCUGAGCUGCUUCCAACAGCGCAGUGAGUCAGUGCGUUUGUAUCCUUAUCCCAAGGAUCGUCCUACCAUACGCAAGUGGGCGGCAAAUUGUAAACAUCGUUCAAUGCAGGCCAGCAGCGAUGGAUUUCAGGUUUGCCAAGCGCACUUUGCUUCAAACUGCUUUGAUCCCGAGACAAAGCAAUUGUUCGAACAUGGUGUGCCCACUUUGGAGUUAUCCCAAUCGGUGGAGUGCAUUGUGCCAGGUUGUGAGGCUGAUGAGCAGACUGAAAAGCGACGUUACUUCAGCAUGCCAAAGAAUGAGAGUAUGCAGCAAAAAUGGUGUCAUAAUCUAUGCUUGGAUGCGAAUGCUGUGCGAACUUCGGCCGAUACGAAAUACGUUUGUGGUCGUCACUUUGAGCCGGAAUGCUUUCACUCGUGGCGUUGUCUUGUACCAGGGUCUGUGCCCACGCUGCAUUUGCCAGAGAGGGAACAGUUGUUGCCUAAUCCACAGCGCAUACGCACGAGAUUUAUGGCAAAGUGUGAAAUGCGCAAUGGCAAGGUUGAACCGGAUGAGGAUGAAGAAUUUGAUGAGAGCUUGCUGCUGGAGCCUAUAGUAAUGAUGGAACAUGCCACAGAUGAAGAGGGAGAGCUGGAGUAUAAGCAUGCGCCUGAGAUCAAGCAAGAGGUGCCCGAAUACGAUGAAGACAACUCACAAGAGCCGUUGGAAAUGCAACCACUUGAAGUCCUACUUGAAGUGGGGCAUGUGGAAAAAUGCGAAAGCUAUGAGCAAAUGGAUAAUGAAGCGCAGCUGAAAUACAAGAAUGCCUGCAUGGAAUCGCAAUCCUCAACAGCUGCUAAUCAAUUGUUGAGCAAUGGCAACUAUUAUACAUCGCGUAAGUGCAGCGUGCGUGGCUGCCCUGUAACCAUUAGCGACGUGGAUGAGAAUCUUAAGCUGCACAAGUUCCCCACACAGCUUGAUUCUUUGCAGAAAUGGAUGCAUAACUCACAAGUGCAGGUGGAUACCAAUCAUGCUUGGCGCUUUCGCAUUUGCAGUUUGCACUUUGAUGCCGUUUGCUUCAAGGGAUCGCGCAUUAGACGUGGCGCUAUGCCAACGUUUAAACUUGGUCCCACUCGUCCAGUCGACAUAUACGACAAUGAAUUUUGCGAUCAGCUGGAGUAUGACGGGUCCGAAGAGCCAACAGCGCUGCCCAUCAAGUCAGCAGCUGACAAUAAUAUAGAACUAUGUCUACCCCGCCGUGGCUUGCCACGUAAGUCCAGCAAAUUUUGUCAAAUUGACAACUGCCCCAAUCAUUUGACCAGCGAGAAUAUGACGCUGCACAAGUUUCCCAAUUCACCAGAGAUGUGCGCACGCUGGCAGCAUAAUACACAAGUGCCCUUCGAUCCAGACUUUCGUUGGCGUUAUCGCAUUUGCAGUGCACACUUUGAUUCCCUAUGCAUGGUUAAUAUGCGACUGGUGCAUGGCAGCGUUCCAACGUUGCGUUUGGGACCUCGUGCGCCAGCGCAGCUUUUUCAAAACGACUUUGAGGCCAUUAGUCAGCGUUUGGAGAAGCGCAACAGCAAUGGUGAGCAGCAGCAGGAGGAGCAGCUAAAUGAGUCGGAGGAGUUAGCUGAGCUACCCGAUCCGGAGCACUUGAAUCUAUUGGUGCCACACAUGCAGCUGUUUGAGGAAGAGCCAGAGACGCCAGAAGCGAAACACAGUACGAAUUUAAAUCCCAUCAAGUCGGGCUAUGACAAAUGCUCCUUGUUCCAUUGUCAGCGUGGACGUAUGCAUCAUGGCGUUCAUCUUUAUAAAUUCCCCAGAUAUCGUCAAAUGCAGCAGCACUGGAUGCAUAACCUGCGCAUUAAAUACGAUGAGCGCCGUCCAUGGAAGACAAUGAUAUGCAGCGAGCACUUUGAGCCGCAGUGCAUAAGAUUGCGGAAGCUGCAGCCUUGGGCUGUGCCUACGCUGGAGCUUGGCGACAAUGUGCCCGAGGAGCUUCAUACCAAUGAGCAAUGCCAGCGACAGUUUGAGCAGCAGCAGCUAUCACCUGCCAGCUCCGAGGAGCAGUUGCAGCUGGACGGAUCGGAUCGGCAGAUGGAGGAGGAUGACGAAGAUGAGUUGUCGACGUCACUUAUGCCAGACGGCUCGCUGGAUUGUAAACCGGAAACACGUUGGCCACCUGGACAACUGCCGCCCUGGAAGAUAAAGCAAUGUUGUCUGCCCUAUUGUCGACGGCCACGUGGCGAUGGCAUUAAGCUAUUUCGUUUGCCCAGCAAUCCGCAAUCCAUACGCAAAUGGGAGCAAGCGCUGGACAUACGCAUCUAUCCGGCGCAGCGCAAUACAAAGCUCAUUUGCAGUCGUCACUUUGAGGCCCAAUAUAUUGGUGUGCGUCGUCUCAUGUCCAGUGCCGUGCCUACGCUUAAUCUAGCGCCAAAGCAGCGUAGUGACCUGGCACAAAGUCCUCCACCUGAGCUGCCCCCUGCACGUUGCUGCAUGGCCGACUGUCGUCAGCGUGUCGUGCAACUGCAUAAAUUUCCCAGCGAUUGGAAUCUCUUGCACCAGUGGUGUCAGGCUCUCAACCUCUCUGAUGUGCAACGCUAUCGUGGCAAGUAUAUUUGCGCCACACAUUUACCCAGCAAUGUGUUGAGCUGCAUUGUCUGUGGCGUCAAGCAUGUGCAGCUGCCCAUGCUGGAGUUUCCGGAGCCGCGCAAUCUGCGCGCCAAAUGGUGCUAUAAUCUGAAAAUUGAUGCCAUACCCAAGUGGGAUAACUCGAAACGCAUUUGCAGCAAACAUUUCGAAAGCUUUUGUUUUGAUUCCACGGGUCAGCUGCUGCCUGAGGCAGCGCCCACGUUGCAUUUGCUGCAUAAUGACAGCAAUAUCUUUCUCAAUGAUUAUGAGCUGCAAAACACGAACAUGCUGCCUAAGAUUAAAGAUGAGCCCUUGGAUGAAGCUGAGGAGCUAUUGCCAUAGCGCUAAGCUAGCAAACAAAGCUGUAAAUGAAUUAUUAGCUGCAAACGCAAUUCAGUUACAGCCCAACUAUUUUAACCAAAUAUUGUGUCGUGUAUUUUAAAUAUGGCUACAAGCAAUUCGUAUUAGGGCCACAACUGUUUCCUAGACAACUAAGCAACAUCAUCACAUAUUGUUACAUGUCUUCAUCACAUAAAAUAAGUCAUAUAUAUAUAUAAUUACAUAUAUACUGUGUACUAUACCGUAUAGAUAAUACUAAUCCAGUGGUUUUUAAGCGUUAAAUUUGUUUUCUUAUCUGGGUACAAAAUGUUCCUUAGCUUAUUUAUGAAUGAAUGUGUAUCGUUUAAGGUUUCUUUGUGUUUGAUUGUUUUUUUUAUUUAGUAAAUAAAUUACAUACAGGAUAUAUUACUAUGUAAUAAGUAUAUUUGAGCAUACACAUACAAUAUAUGUUAACCUGUAGCAUAUACAUAAAGUUAGUAAUUGGUGUU